AUGGCAGUGCCCACUGGCUUGACUGAUGCUGAGGGCACCAAGAUGAGGUACCCAGCCGGGGGGCCGCUGCCGCCGCCGCUGCUACUCCCGCUGCUGUUGCUGCUCUGGCUACUACCCGGCCCCGCGGCGCCCCAGGAGCUGAACCCUCGCGGCCGCAACGUGUGCCGCGCGCCGGGCUCCCAGGAGCCCACGUGCUGCACCGGCUGGAGACAGCAGGGGGAUGAGUGUGGAAUUGCGGUGUGUGAAGGCAACUCUACCUGUUCGGAGAACGAAGUGUGUGUGCGGCCAGGGGAGUGCCGCUGCCGGCACGGCUACUUCGGUGCUAACUGCGACACCAAGUGCCCGCGCCAGUUCUGGGGCCCCGACUGCAAGGAGCUUUGUAUUUGCCACCCGCACGGGCAGUGUGAAGACGUGACGGGCCAGUGCACAUGCCACGCGCGGCGCUGGGGCGCACGCUGCGAGCAUGCGUGCCAGUGCCAGCACGGCGCGUGCCACCCGCGGAGCGGCGCGUGUCGAUGCGAGCCUGGCUGGUGGGGCGCGCAGUGUGCCAGCGCGUGCUAUUGCAGCGCCACGUCGCGCUGUGACCCGCAGACGGGCGCGUGCCUGUGCCACGCAGGGUGGUGGGGCCGCAGCUGCAAUAAUCAGUGCGCCUGCAACACGUCGCCGUGCGAGCAACAAAGCGGCCGCUGUCAGUGCAGGGAGCGCACGUUCGGUGCGCGCUGCGAGCGCUACUGUCAAUGCUUCCGCGGCCGCUGCCACCCCGUGGAUGGUACAUGCGCCUGCGAGCCGGGCUACCGCGGGAAGUACUGCAGAGAGCCAUGCCCGGCUGGCUUUUACGGCCUGGGCUGCCGCCGCCGAUGCGGUCAGUGCAAGGGCCAACAGCCAUGCACCGUGGCCGAGGGCCGAUGCCUGACGUGCGAGCCCGGCUGGAACGGCACCAAGUGCGACCAACCGUGCGCCACAGGCUUCUACGGCGAAGGCUGUGGCCACCGCUGCCCGCCAUGCCGCGACGGUCACGCUUGUAACCACGUCACCGGCAAGUGCACGCGCUGCAACGCGGGCUGGAUUGGCGAUCGGUGCGAGACCAAGUGCAGCAAUGGCACUUACGGCGAGGACUGCGCAUUCGUGUGCGCUGAUUGCGGCAGCGGCCACUGCGACUUCCAGUCUGGGCGCUGCCUGUGCAGCCCCGGUGUUCAUGGACCCCACUGUAACCUGACGUGCCCGCCUGGACUCCAUGGCGUGGACUGCGCCCAGAUCUGCAGCUGCCAUGAAGAGUCGUGCGACCCAAUCACCGGUGCCUGCCGCCUGGAGACCAACCAGCGCAAGGGCGUGAUGGGCGCUGGCGCGCUGCUCGCCCUGCUUCUCGGCCUGCUGCUGUCGCUGCUGGGCUGCUGCUGCGCCUGCCGCGGCAAGGACCCCGCGCGCCGGGAGCUCUCGCUGGGGAGGAAGAAGGCGCCGCAGCGACUGUGUGGGCGCUUCAGUCGCAUUAGCAUGAAGUUGCCCCGGAUCCCGCUCCGCCGGCAGAAGCUACCCAAGGUCGUAGUGGCCCAUCACGACCUGGAUAAUACACUCAACUGCAGUUUCCUGGAACCACCCUCAGGCCUGGAGCAGCCUUCACCAUCGUGGUCCUCCAGGGCCUCCUUUUCCUCCUUCGACACCACUGAUGAAGGGCCUGUAUACUGUGUGCCCCACGAGGAGGCAACAGCCCAGAGCCGCGAUGCAGAAGCCCCUACCGGCCCUGCGGAGGCAUCCUCCCCAUUGACCCUGACCACUGCAGAGUCGGUGGAGGAGGCGACACCUCUCCCUGCCUCCUCAGACAGUGAGCGGUCCUUGUCCAGCGUGGAAGGGCCCAGCGGGGCGCUAUAUGCCCGCGUGGCCCGGCGCGAGGCCCGGCCGGCCCGGGCCCUGGGGGAUCCUGGAGGCCAGUCACUUUCGCCAUCGCCUGAGCGCAGGAAGCCGCCACCACCUGACCCGGCCACCAAACCCAAGGUGUCCUGGAUCCAUGGCAAGCACGGCGGCGCCGCUGCCGCUGCCGGUUCACCCUCACCACCACCCUUGAGCCCCGAGGCCGCGCCCAGUCCCAGCAAGAGGAAACGGACGCCCAGCGACACCUCGGCCAGGAGGGAUGAGCAGGGCUGCCCCACGGCACGCGACUCGACCUCACGGCCCCCCGGGCUGGCGGAGGAGGGGCCGGCAUUCGGGGCGCCCUCGCCGCCGCGGGCUCGGGCGCGAGGCCGCGGCCCUGGCAUCCCUGAGCCCAUGGACGCUGGCGGUCCCCCGCUCAGCGCGCCGGAGGCGGCUUCCAUGCUGGCGGCUGAGCUUCGCUGCAAGACUCGUAGCCUGGGCCGCGCGGAGGGGACCCUGGGCGCGCAGGGUGCGCGCGAGAAGCCCGCGCCGCCGCAAAAGGCCAAGCGCUCGGUGCUGGCCACCUCGCCGGCUCGCCCAGUCCCGGAGCCCAAGCUCCCGGGGGUCGAAAAGGUGGCAACUGGCGCGCCUGUGCCUGAUACCCCCAGGAAGAAGACCCCCAUUCAGAAACCGCCGCGCAAGAAAAGCCGAGAAGCGGCGGGCGAGCUGGGCAGGGCCGGCGCGCCUACCCUGUAGCAGCUGGCAGGCACGGUGCCCGCAACUUCCCUCGGCUUCGCAGCGCUGCUUGCCACCCCGCGUUCUGCGCUCUCCGGACGUCUCCCAGGAUGUCUCCUAGGCCCCCUGGGCACGGGUGGCCUGGCGGGAGGCCGUGUCUCAUUGGCUCAGGCCCCAAAUAUUUGGAGUUUUACCUUCUGGCCAGAAGGCUCAGCCCAUUGGUCGAGGCCUACAGUGGCCUAGUGGGCACCUCCCUUCCUUCUGGCCAAGUUAUUGAAGUUCCCAGCAGCCGAGCAGCCUGGAUCUCAAAGGCCCAGGACUGCAGGAGCCCUGUCUAGAGACCACAUCUUUCUGGCCAGACCUGCACUUGACUGGGGCUACUUUCUCAUUGGCUGAUGCCAGAAGCACUUCUGCCCCACCUGCCUCUCCCUGGUCAGGGCCUGGUGCCUCUGGCUGGGGUCUCCUUUCCUAGAACCUAUCCUGGCUACUCCCACUGGCCCAGUCCCAGGGCAUUUGGUUACUGGGAGCCUGGGGAAGAGGGCUGGUCCCUGCUUCUCAGAGGGCUCACUGACCCUGGACUUGGCUGUCCCACCUCUGUGAGACAGCACUGGCCCUUCAGCUAUCAGCUGGUUUUGAUGGCCUCCCACCACCCACACAUAUCAGAAUCCAAGGGGUAACUCCAGUGGCCUGAGGAGAUGUAUUUAUAGGCCCCCGGAUGGGCUCAUCCCAGCAGGGGCUUGGCCAAAGCUUUCUUAAUAAAGUGCCUUA